AUGAAGUUCUCUGCUAUCGCUUUUGCCGCCAUUGUUGCCCUCGUUGAGGCCGCCGUCCCCGCCGGCACCAAGUUUGGUCUCGUUUCCAUCCGCUCCGGCUCCCCCGUCCAGUACGCCUCUGCCUCCUUGAACUCUGACAACCAGGUUGUUCUCGGUGCCACUGUCUCCAGCUCUGACGACUAUCUUACUGCUGUCAAUGUCGGUGACGGCUCCCUCUCCAUUGAGGGCACUGACCUUUACCUUGGUCUUAACUCUGACAAGGCUUUGGUCGCUACCUCCACUCCCAGCAAGAUCUUCUCUUUCUCUGACGACAGAUACCUUGCCAUUGACGGCAGCGAUGCCAUCACUGCUGUUUCCGAGUCUUCUUACUACUCUGUCUACGCUGGUGCUGUCACCACUGACAAGACCACUUAUGGCAUUGCUCUUCUCAUCACCUCUGCUGUUACCGGUUCUUCUUCCUCCUCUGCUGCUGCUUCUUCUGCUGCUGCUUCUUCUUCUGCUGCUACCACUGCUACCCAGUCUGCUCCUGCCGUUGUCUCUUCCGCUGCUCCUUCCACUACCCUUGCUCAGGUCAAUGGUGCUGCUUCUAAGGGCUCCGUCUUUGCCGCUGCCGUUGCUGCCGUUGGUGGUGCUCUUCUUCUUUAA